AAGUCUCAUCAGGACGACGAAACCAUCCGCCCUCUCUUCAGAAAUCAAAGCCUCGCUAAUAUCUGCAAAAAUGUCCAGCUCAUCGGAGUAUUCUGGAGUUUCCGGCCAAAAUCCGGUGAAGUCGCCGGAGAUCUCCACGUUUUCCCAGACUUGUAAUCGGUUGAGCCAAUACCUCAGAGAAAACGGUUCCUUCGGUGACCUCACCCUCGGCAUAACAAAACGCAACCCCGCCCCUGAAACACACGGGUCACCUGAGAACUCAUGCUAUUCUGCAACAACCAUGGAGUUAUUUCCCACAAAGGAGAACAAUAAUGUGACAACCAUGGAUCUUCUUUAUCCACGUGCUCCUGCUUAUGCAAACACAAGGUAUGCGUGUUUCUUGUUGCUUUUCAUGCACCGCACCGUUUCUUUUCUGCGUUUAACAAAAGCGGAGGAGAUUCUGUCCUUGGCUAAAAGAGGGAACUCUUGUGCAUGCGCUUCUACGCAGCCCACCCGGCCUUACUUGUUUCAACCCCACUCCCAGCUACAGUCCGCACCUGUUGUUGGUGAUCUACCUAUUGCAAGGAAGGCUUCGCUGCAUCGCUUCCUGGAGAAGAGAAAGGAUAGAAUUGCUUCAAAAGCACCAUAUCAAAGCAGCAGCCCCGUCUCGGUCCCUAAUAAAGCAGCUGAGUCGUCUAUGGCAUGGCUUGGGUUAGGAGCUUAAUCAACACACUAUCAAAAGCAGUUUUGUUCAUAAUUGGUGGACUGCUCAAUUAGGCUUUUUGUUAUUUUGGUUUCACCCUAUCCCCACUGCUAUAUAUCAAGACUAAGACAAAUAUACAUCUAACUUUAUUCCUAUUUAGCUUCUGCCUAGUUAUUUCUUUCCUUGUAAUUAUUAGUAUCUCAAACAUUUUGGAUUCAAUACUAUUUCAUUCCAUUUCUUUUAA